CAUCCCCUAUGCGGAAACUCACAGUCAAAUAUAUUGGCGAAGAUGGUAUUGAUACAGGGGCACUUGCUAGGGAGUUUCUUACUGACGCCAUUGAUAAUAUGCGCUCUAUUAUGUUUCCUAAUGGAUGCCCUUUCGACUCCACAUACCAUAUCCAGAAUGGAAAUUUCCGUACAUGUGGCCAGAUAGCUGCUGUAAGUCUGGCACAGGGUGGUCCUAGUCCAUCUCUUUUUGACGAAUGUGUUUAUGAAACACUUGUCAAUCCAGAUAUUGAUAUGAUGAAACUUAGCACUGACAAACACCUUGCAAAGAGUGAGAAGGUACUGAUAGAAGGCAUUAUAAGUGAUGUGAAGGGAAACGAGACCACAAUAAUGGACAAUGGUUACACCGGUUUAAUCAAUGAUGCACAUGUUGAUGAAAUAGUUAAGUCUAUUGUUAUUAACCUUAUUAACAAGAGAAUCUUGUACCUAAAUGAGUUUUUGCAAGGCUUAUCAUUAUAUGGAUUUGAUAAAAUUCUCAGGAAAGCUCCAGACAAAGUCAAGUCCUUAUUUGUUCAAGGAUCUACCCAAGAUGACAUUGACGCAAAUUAUCUUUUUUCCUGCAUGGAGCCAGUAUAUUCGGAAGAAGGCACCAGCAGAAGAGUACAAGAGGAAAAGGUUGUUGAUAAUUUCCAGGAUUUUCUUAUGAGCAUUGAAGAUACAGAGGUUACUGGGUAUUCAGCACCUGUUGCAUGGAAUUACCAAGAUAAAGAUGAAGAGCAGGUAAUUUCUGAUGUUUUACCUGAAGAAAGAUUUGAAACAGCAGAGGUGAAUGUGCCUGGGGUUAUGAAAUGGCUCACUGGCCAAAAGCACAAGCCUUUAAGUGGCAAGAAGUUGGUGAUUAGCGUUUUGUUUGAUCAUGACUGUCAAUCAAGGGACCCAAAGCAUACUAUCUGCUAUCCAUUAAUUGGGGCCUGCGGAAUGCAGAUUACAUUUCCCAUUGCCCAUAUGGUGGAUGCAGCAGAAUUUCAUAAAAAUUUAUUAAUAGCUUACUCAAAAGGUCAGGCAUUCGGUAAGCCAUGAACAUGCAUUAGAUUUUUCCGUAUAAUAAUGGGGCUGUUGUUAUUGUUGUUGGGUUAACAUGCAUCUUUGGGCCAGUUGUAUCACAGUUAUACAAAAACUGGAUAGCACUAUUCACCACAUAGGAUUUUUUAGUGUUCUAAAUAUGCUUGAAAGCGCUAAAGCCACAAAUUUGGAGCUAACAACUGCUAAAGAGUACCUGCAAUUUAAGAAUGCUAAGGUUUAAGCCAUUACGCUGAACGACCAUAGGCAGCCCAGAAAUCUGUUUAUACUCAGUCUUCGACUGCAUUGUUUACGCGCGCGGUCAGCUUGUCUGUACUAACUACUGUCUGUACUUAUAUAUUGAUAUAUAAUACAGUAAUCAGUAGACAGAAGAAGCCUGUACUAACUACUGUAUUAUAUAUUGAUAUAUAAUACAGUAAUCAGUACAGACAGUAGAAGCUGACUGCGCGCGUAAACAAUGCAGUCGAAGACUGAGUAUAAACAGAUAUCUGGGCUGCCUAUAGAACGACAGGCAAUUUUUAAGCAUUAAAAAAAUACUAUAUAGUAGGUAACGUUAUCCAGCUUUUAUACAACCGGCCCUACAUUGUAAAAUGUUUACAAGUUCCAGUUUAACUGUAAUACUGAGGUUGAAUUGUUUAUGUUUUGAUUGCAC